UGGAUGGCCUGCUGGUGUUUCUGCAGCCAGAGCACAGAGUGUGAUUUUUCUCUCAAACUUUUUUUUCUCCUCUCUUUUUCAGUUUUUAUAAUUGAACAAUCAUACUGUGGCCACAUCCUUUGCCUUACUUCAUUUGUUUCCUGAGGAGUAACUGUGCCUUCUGCCUAGUUUUUUGAUUUAUUUAUUUUUGAUAGAUUAGAAGAAAACAUGGCAUCCCCCCAGCAUCAUCAACUGUUGCCUCACAACACAGAAGUGAGCUGUGACUCAAGUGGAGAUGGAGGCGUCUCGGUGAGAAUUGGCAGUAGUGUCAAACACAAGCACGGAGGCGGGCCGCUGGGUUCAAUCGGGGGAGGCUUCAUUGGCGGAGCCAAGCACUGCAAGUACAGUAUUUCCUCUAGCUGUAGCUCUGGGGAGUCCGGAGUGAGGAGGCCGGUGUCAGAGUUUUCGUGCUCACAAAAGAUGCCUCAGCUUUUUGAGAGAUCUGCAGGCCAUUUCUGGGACCCAAAGUUUGAUUCUUCUAUCCUGGAGGAGGCCUGUAGAGAACGGUGUUUCCCUCAGACCCAGAGGCGCUUCCGCUAUGCUUUUUACCUCCUAGCAGCUGGUUUGCUCUGGGGAUUUUACUUUGCUGCCAACCCAUCUCGCUGUGAUAGGGCUGCUUUUCUCCUACCCACCGCUUCCUUCCUUCUUUUCUGCUUCAUCCUCUUCCUCUUAACGUUUACCAAACUGUACUCUCGCUGCUACAACCAAGCAUCUCUCCUGCUCAUCUUUGUAACCUUCAUACUGACCCUGGCCCCCCAGAUCCAGACAUCUGGAUUCAAGGAUCCUGAAAGUCCUGCACCAACGCUUGAUGUGGAAGAAUUCAGUGGAAUAGGGCCCACCUACAACAUGUCAUAUGAAGCACUAGUGGGAGAUAGCAACUGGUCUCCCUGCCUUUCUCCUGUAGGCACCUUCUCCCUUUGUAUUGAGGUUCUUCUGUUGCUAUACAGCGUUCUCCAUGUUCGCCUCUAUGCCUCUGUCCUCCUUGGGUUUCUCUACUCUAUCUUUUUUGAGAGUUUGGGCUGGCUGCACCUGACUCAGGUAGGCGAAAAGUGGAGCUUAGCUGCCCCAUCAGAUUGGGAUACACUAAGGUGGUUGGGUCCAGCAAAAGCCUUGCUUCAUCUUUGCGCUCAUGCCAUCGGUAUCCACCUGUUCAUCAUGUCUGAGGUGCGGUCACGGAGCACCUUCCUUAAGGUUGGACAAGCGAUCAUGCAUGGCAAAGACCUGGAGGUGGAAAAAGCUUUGAAGGAACGAAUGAUCCACUCUGUUAUGCCCCGAAUCGUGGCUGAUGAGCUAAUGAAGCAGGGCGAUGAGGACUUAGGCGAUCAUUCUGUUAAGCGUUACUCCACCAGUGGUGGCAGCUGCUGCCAUUCCAGCCCUAAAAACAAUAAACGCAAGAAAACCUCCAUCCCCCGAGGCCAGAUCAUCUUCAGACCCUUCAACAUGAAACGGAUUGAGCCUGUCAGCAUCCUCUUUGCAGAUAUCGUGGGCUUCACUAAAAUGUCUGCCAACAAGUCUGCUCAUGCCCUUGUUGGACUUCUAAACGACCUGUUCGGACGAUUUGAUAGACUCUGUGAGCUCACUGGUUGCGAAAAGAUCAGCACUCUAGGAGACUGUUAUUAUUGUGUGGCUGGUUGUCCUGAGCCCAGACCAGAUCAUGCUUAUUGCUGCGUGGAGAUGGGCCUGGGCAUGAUUCAGGCUAUUGAACAGUUCUGCCAGGAGAAGAGGGAGAUGGUGAACAUGAGGGUGGGUGUCCACACUGGCACCGUACUGUGCGGUAUCCUGGGCAUGAAACGCUUUAAGUUCGAUGUUUGGUCAAACGACGUCAACCUGGCAAACCUAAUGGAGCAACUUGGUGUUGCUGGGAAGGUCCACCUAUCAGAGGCCACUGCUAACUUCCUGGAUGAUCGCUACCAGCACGAGGAUGGACAAGUCAUGGAGAGAAUAGGACAGAGUGUGGUGGCUGACCAGCUGAAAGGCUUAAAGACCUAUCUGAUUUCUGGCAGGAAGAUGGAGGCACACGCCCUCUGUACCUGUUCCCAAAUAGGAUUUGCUGGGACGGAGCAAGCAGAUCCUCAUGGUCCCGCAUCCAGAGUCCACACGCCUGAUGGAGCCCCUUCGGCCUGCGCCCUUUCACAAGACAGAGCCAAGUCCCCCUGUCUUUCCUGCAGUGUGGCCCUGAUAGCAGGGGAGGAUCAGGUCCUGGAAGAAGGCAUGGUGCACAAUGGCUGCCAUGACGACCACAAGACAGAGAGUGGCAAGGAUUCUUCAAACCUGAAGUCCUCCCCAGCAGUUUCUGCAGGGUGCAACCCCAAGGCUCUAAACGGGUUGCUUAGUCCUCGGUUAGAAGCCUUGACAAACAGCCAGACGUCACUCUGUGAGAUGCUGCAGGAGAAGGAGAAGAAGACAUGGAGUGGAGGAGCCAUGGGCAUGGAUCACUCAGCACUCUUACCUCUGCGAUCCAAGAACUUCAGGGAGAGGAGUGAUGCUCACUUUGUUGAUGUUAUCAAGGAAGACAGUCUGAUGAAGGACUAUUUUUACAAACCUCCAAUAAACAAACUGAGCCUCACUUUCCUGGAGAAGAGCCUGGAGUCUGCUUACCGGAAAAGCUACCAGGAGGAGGUGCAGACUCAAGCAGCAGUGCAGACAUUUGCCAGCCCGACAUUCAGUUCUUUCCUGGACAUGCUCUUGUGCUGUUUAGUAUUUCUGGCUCUUUCACUGGCCUGUUUCCUUCAGCCACUUGUUACCCAGCAGCACCUAUCCACACCAGCGCUCAGUCUGACAGCUGUAGCCACAGUUCUGGAGGCUCUGGCUCUGCUGAUAUCCAUACGUAUGGCUUUCUAUCUGGAUAGUGUUCUGAGGUGCACUCGGAUGCUGAUGACAGCCGUCUCAGGCUGGAUAGCACGCCACUUUAUAGGAGCCGUCCUGGUGUCCCUGCCUGCUGUGGCAGUAUACUCCCAUGUCACUUGUGACAUGCAUCUCUCCAUUCAGUUUACUAUGUUCAUCUGCUGUGCUGUCAUCAUAGCUAUUAUUCAGUAUUGUAACUUCUGCCAGCUCAGCUACUGGAUGCGUUCAACACUAGCAACACUGGUGGGACUGGCAUUGCUUGCUUUGCUCUUCAGCACCCCCUGCAGUGUUGCUAAGAAUCUGUUUUUCUGGUCUGAUGGCCAGAACAACAGCAACAGCAACACCUCCUUUGUCGUUGACAGCACACUAGACCUUGACCCACAGUCCCACCCACAGGAUCUUCUGGGCCGUGAGGCCUGUGUGGCCUUUUUCCUGCUCCUUCUCUUGGUCUGGUUUCUUAAUCGUGAGUUUGAGGUCAGCUACCGCCUGCAUUACCACGGCAAUGUGGAAGCUGAUCAGCACCGCAUCAAGAUUCAGAACAUGAGGGACCAGGCCGACUGGCUGCUACGCAAUAUCAUUCCCAUCCAUGUGGCUGAGCAGCUCAAGGUUACCCAGAGCUACUCCAAGAACCAUGACAACGUGGGUGUAAUAUUUGCCAGCAUUGUUAACUUCAGUGAAUUUUAUGAAGAAAGCUAUGAGGGAGGUAAGGAGUGCUAUCGUGUUCUCAAUGAGCUAAUUGGAGACUUUGAUGAGCUCCUACGGAAGCCCGCCUUUGCAAAUAUCGAAAAGAUCAAGACCAUCGGUGCCACUUACAUGGCAGCAGCAGGGCUCAAUGCUCAGCAGUGCGCAGAUGCAGCACAUCCUCACGCUCACCUCCGAGCUCUUUUUGAAUUUGCCCUUGAAAUGAUGCAUGUGGUGGAUGACUUUAACAAGAACAUGUUAGGGUUUGGCUUCAAGCUUCGUAUUGGAUUCAAUCACGGACCUCUAACAGCAGGUGUGAUUGGCACCACUAAGCUUCUCUACGAUAUCUGGGGCGACACAGUCAACAUUGCCAGCCGCAUGGAUACGACAGGUGUGGAGUGUCGUGUCCAGGUCAGUGAAGAGAGCUAUUGCGUGCUCAGUGGCAUGGAUUAUGAGUUUGAUUAUCGUGGAACAGUUAAUGUCAAGGGCAAAGGUCAGAUGAAGACUUUCCUUUAUCCUAAAAGCAGUGACAGUGGACCUGUGCCUCAGUACCAGCUCUCGGUCUCACCAGAGAUUCGAGCACAGGUGGACGGUAGCAUUGGGCGCUCACCCACUGACGAAAUCGCUAGCAUGGUCCCUGCAACCAGCACAACUGCAAGUAGUACUAAUACUAUAGUACCCAGCGCCAGCACUGGUUCCCCUAGUACAACAGGGCUUACUCAUGUGAAAGAGGUAGACAGCCGUGAAAGACGUCCCAAAACAGAAGCUUCUGCUGCAAGGCGAUCGAAGUCUCACACUGGCCUGACAUCUAUACAUAUAACCAAUCUAGAAGGACCCCCUCUUUUGUCAGAUAACAAACAAGUUAUCAUUUCAGCCCAGCAAGACACACCCCAAAGGCCAACGAAUCCCCUGAAAGGUAUCAAGAAGGACAACUAUGAGAAGGACUCUGGUGAUAAUGUUGGCGAGUUAACCAGACUCUAGAAAUUUGCAACAGUGGCGCCUUCAUCAUCGACCCUCUACCCUUUAAGCUCACGUUCCUGCCAGCUGGCAGGUGUAGAAUCACUGUACGUUUGGUCCUACUUAAGUUGGAGAUUGAGGAUGUGAAAAGACCCUGAGGUCUCUUCUCACCAGCUAAGAAGCAGGUGUUUGUGUGUGUGUGUGUAAAUAUAGCCGUUUUCACACAUGCACCGCAGUACAGAAUUUUUACUAGACUUUAUCCGAUGGAGCUGCAUGUAGGAGCACAAACGUCUGGUCAGACAUCAGAUUGGUUUUCCUCUGUUAGCUCCUGAGCGCAAAAUGUACGUAAUGUCCAAAUGAGCCUGUGUAAAAGCAGAAAAAAACAGUUAUGAGAAUUCACAGCAAAGAAUGGACAUUGUGCGCCCUGCUUCCUGCACACUCGUAAACAAAGCAGCACCUCCAUCUAAACCAGACGGAGUAUCUCCAGUAGCGUGAAGUGGACUGUCACCUGCUGCAUGUGAGAAAGGACAAUUGCAGAUGUCCUGAUGGGAUUCAUGUGUGAAAACGGCUCACGAUUGGCUGAUGUUAUCAAGAGUGCAGGGUGGACCGCAAAGAUGGUCUCAGGCAGGAACGCACAAGAAAAGGGAAAACGUGACAGCUGACUGAACCGUCGCUUGCCUGUCACAGAUCCCAUUGUCUGCCAUUAACUUAUUUGAUUAUCUUUAAACCUUUAAUCUUGAUUAUUUCUUUCCUAUGUCUUUUUAAGUGCCUUUAGAAUAGAAUAAUAUGUAGACUAAGCCUUUAUAAAUAAGGGAAUAACAACACAAAGGGAAAAUUGUAAAUUAGAACAUUUUUUUGGGGAAAAAAAAAAGCUUUGCUUUUGUUACAGGUUUACUUUUUAAACUAUGCUUUGCUAUGAUAUUUUUGCCUUUUAUUAAAGAGAAAAGCAACAAUGUGUGAAACAUCACAGUAUGUGACAAGCGAAGGGCAACGCUGUGUACGAGUAAAAUGCACUGCACUAAAACCCUGCAGAGCCUGUGCCCAUAUUCUUCUUGAAAACCAGAAAAACCUUCAUAAAAGGCACAACAGGAACUAAUCAGUACGGGCUAAAGGCAGACGAGGCUGAGCUGUGAGUUGCCGUGUGAGUGUAUUGCUCUUAUGCAGUGUGUGUCUGUGUCAAUGUGUCUGUAUAGUGAGCUCACGUAGACUUUAAUAAGGGGAGGUGCCUAUGAGUUACUCAAAUGACUGAAACUGCAGGUUUACAAAUAGGAAUGGCCUUGGGGGGGGGGGUUGUUUGCUGACGUGGCAGCUUUUUCCUCUGGCCUCAGUUAAGAUCGUUGUAUUGUCUCAGUCCUGAGGCGUGAUGGUUUUAACUACAAUUAAUCAGCAUGCUUGCAGCAUCAUAGGCUAACUGCUACUAGUGUUUGUGCCCUCUGCACGUGAUCCAGAUUCGUGUAGGAGCUCAAACUGUAUUUAGUGAGUAUUUUAAUGGAUCCUACAAAACACUGGCGCACCUAUAGAGUGUCUUAAAUCGUGUUUUUUUUUUCUUUUUUUAAGAUGGAUAAGGGAAUAAUACUGCCUAGGUUUGCUAUGGAUUAUACUGUGUGUUAGUUGAUUGCGUUUUUAGGACAUGGCUGAUCAAAGUGGAAUGUCACAAAUAAAAUGUGUUUAAUAGUGUUAAUUGUUACACAAAAACUUGAACUUUUUAUCUGAGGCGUCUUCUCUACUUUCUGUUGUUUAAAGGACAUUACUGGAUGCAAACAGCUGGACGCUUUUACCGCUUCAUACUUUCAGUGGCAUGAAAGCUAACCUAACGGCACUGUAAAUGCAAACGGCAGUGCACCAAAAGUAUUUCAUAAAAGUGUUUCUGCGCUUUUUACAUUCCCUGAAAUGUUUUUUCCUAUAAUGCCACAACAUUUUUCAUCUCUCUUGCUGUUACAUAUUCUCUCU